AUGUCCAAGCCUGAUAGUAAUAAGAAAUUUUCACAAUUUAAACUUGUUCUUUUAGGAGAAAGUGCUGUUGGGAAAUCAUCUAUAGUUCAUCGAUUUGUUAAGAAUAGUUUUGAUGAUUUGAGAGAAUCAACCAUUGGUGCGGCAUUUUUAACACAAAGUAUCACUAUUCCAGAAACUCAAACUACUAUCAAGUUUGAAAUAUGGGAUACUGCAGGUCAGGAAAGAUAUAAAUCGUUGGCUCCUAUGUAUUAUAGAAAUUCUCAUGCAGCUAUAGUAGUCUAUGAUAUCACGAAAACCUCGUCACUUCAAAGAGCUAAGGAUUGGAUUGAAGAAUUAAGGAAAAAUUCUAGUAAUGAUGGGAUAAUCAUAGCUUUAGUUGGGAAUAAAUUAGAUUUACAAGAUGAAAGAGAGAUUGAACAAAGUGAUGUUGAAGAAUAUGCCACGGAACAGAAUUUGCUUUCUUUUGAAUGUUCUGCGAAAUCGGGUGAAGGUGUUCAUGAUAUAUUUGAUGCUAUUGCUAGGAAACUUUCCGACAAGAUUGCUGUUCAAGAAGUCCCAGAAACUAGAAGAAUUGACUUGAAUCGUAAUGCAACUGCUAAUAAUAAUAAUAAUUCCUGUUGUUAG